AUACCAAAUAUUUGGAAGAAUGUGCGGACCGGAGGUUUUCUUCUUGCUUGGAUUUUCAGUGUGCCUUUCAUUAAUGUACAUUAUCUCUAUAUAUAAUAGGCCUAUUGCUUCAGUUGAACCGACAUUGAAUAUACGUGACCAGCCCGAUGCACCUAACCAAAGCAAGGUUUUUAAAUGGACAGGAAAGGGAUGGCAGAGGUUAAUAAAUUUCUGCACUUGGUCCGACUUCCAUGACUGCAGUAUGUUGAAAACGCCCAAUGGGGAUACGCCUAUUUUCCACCAUGACCCCAAACACGACUACACUUCCGGCAUACUGAUGAAUUCUGGGAUGAAAGAACCGCAGACGAUCAGAUCAAUUCUCGACUACCUCGCACACGACCACAGCAUCACGUUUCUUGAUGUGGGCGCACACGUGGGCUCCAUAGGUCUCCAGAUGGCUAAAGCUGGCUACGCAGUCGUCACCGUCGACCCGUUGCCGGAAAACGUCGGCAGACUGUGCAAGUCGGUGGAAAGGGGACGAUUCGUGGACAGUGUCACUAUACUCUUCUCGCCAGUAUCCGACGCCCACAAAACCGUGGCCUUCAAACGCAAGUGGAACAUUGGUGAAACUAAAGUUGAACUGGUGUCGACAGAACACACAGAGUAUAAGACUGCAACGCCUUCAUGCGAGUUGUCUCCAUUGCUUUCAAGUACAGCGACUCUGGAUAACGUUUUGCCCUUUAUAAAAUCGCACAAAGUGUUCGUGAAAAUCGAUGUUGAAUCUCACGAAUAUUUUGUUAUUAAAGGUGCGGAGGACUUUUUCAGACAAAAAGAGGUUGUGGGAAUCUUCAUGGAAUGGAUUCACGUGAAGAAAACACCGGAAGCAGUAACAUUAAUAUCCUUAUUAAAUAACUAUGGCUUCAAAGCAUAUGAACUGAAUACCAUGGUCGAGGCACUUAUAAAUGAAGAUUAUAAGAACUGGCCUAUGGACGUUAUUUGGAAACGACCUUAAAAAUAAAUAUUCAGUGAUUUGCUUAAUACUUCUGUAUUUUAAAUAUGUUUCUUAUUGUAACAUAAUAUUCCAAUGAUUGUAAUACUUUAAACAAACACACACCAUAAUCAUUAAUAUUAGCCUGUCAUAUAUGGGUUCUUUUCAUGGCACAUUACAUGGAAAUAUUCAGGAACGUUUAACCCGUUUUGCUAUUUUGAGAUGACCAUAAGCCAGCUAUUUUUCAAGAAUCGACAUUGUUUUACUGCCCCAGAUGAUUCAAGGUUCCCUGUCCUUGACACUAUCGUAUUAAUCUAUCAGUGUGAUACUGUCAAAUAUAGGCAGCAUUAAAUCAUUGACGUACAUUGUUUUUAUAACACACAUAUGUAUAUCUCGAUUCCAACAAAAGUGCCUGUAGUUUUUGCAACAAAUCACCUGAAACCAUACAACGCCUUUUAUUUGAAUGUAGUUUAGUACAUUCUCUGUGGGAAGCAAUAGAAUAAUGGAUAAGAAAUGAAACUGGAAUUAAUAUUACUCUAAGCAGAGAUAUAGUUAUGUUAGGCAUGAUUAACAACGAGAAAGGUACUUUUGUAAAUUGGCUGACUAUCAACAUAAAAUAUUAUAUUUACAGUAUGAAAACACAAAAAAGAAAUUUGCAUGUCAAUGCCGCGAAAAAUAUUCUACAAAAUAAUUUUGAAAUAGAAAAAUAUAUUUAUUAAAAAAAUUGCAACUAUGAAGCAUUUCAUAAGGAAUGGACACCCUAUAAAAGACUCU